AUGCCCCACAACCAGUCACCUGGCGAUGCCACCGUCGAACUCAAGGAUGAUACUCUGACCAAGAUCACCUCCCCCAAUGGCGAUACCGACAGUGACCAAGACGUCUACAACAAUACCGAACACGUAUCCUAUACCGAGGCAGAGGGUCGUCGCGUUCUUUGGAAGAUCGACUUGGUCCUUCUCCCCCUCAUGUGCGGCUGCUACAUCUUCUCCUUCAUUGAUAAGACCUUGCUCAAUUACUCGUCGACCUUUGGCCUUCAAAAGGCCCUUCACAUGGAAGGACAGGACUACUCUUGGACCGGAAGCAUCUUCUACUUUGGGUACAUGCUCGGAGCGAUGGCCUGGUCAAAGCUCGUCCAGCGCUUCCCCCGGCACGUCGGCAAGCUCAUCUCAAGCGCAAUCUUGAUCUGGUCCAUUAUCAUCCUUCUCACUCCCCUCUGCUUCAACUUUGCCGGUAUCAUGGUCAACAGAUUCUUUCUAGGCCUUAUAGAGUCUAUCACAGGCCCUGUUUUUGUUGUUGUGACAAGCAACUGGUGGACCCGUCGCGAACAGGCCUUCCGCACUGCCUUUUGGCUCGGUGGCACGCCUAUUGGCAACUUCGUGGGUGGCCUUCUUUCGUAUGCCAUCGGGCACAUCCACUCGUCAAUCCCCACUUGGAAGAUCUUCUUCCUCUUCUUUGGCUCGUUUUCUUUCGGCUUUGCGAUCAUAAUGUGCAUCCUCAUGCCCGACCACCAACGCAAUGCUCGGUGGCUCAACGCACGCGAGCAAGAGAUCGCCAUCGAGCGCGUCCGUGCCAACAAGACGGUCACCUCGGACCACCACUGGAAGUGGUCACAGUUCUGGGAGGCUUUGUAUGACCCUCAGACCACCCUGUUUUUUAUCACUGCCAUUGGUAACACCAUGCCCUCGACCUUUGCCUCUCAGUUCUCUUCCCAGAUUGUCAAGGGCUUUGGGUUCACUGCCAUUCAGACUACCCUCGUCUCGACUUGCCCCGCCGCCUCCAUCCAGCUGAUCACCUUCCUUGGAGGCUCUUGGCUUGCUGGGCGUAUUCCCAACUCACGCCUGAUCCUGGGAAUGAUCUGCUCCAUCCCUCCACUCAUUGGCGCAUCCCUUCUGCACGUUCUCCCGACGUCGAACGUCCAUGGCAGGCUGGCGGGUUAUUACCUGACGUACACUCACACCAUGUCUUUCACCCUCGCGACCAGUCUUAUGGCCUCCAACUAUGCCGGUCACACCAAGAAGACAACGGCUACUGCCAUCAUCUACGUUGGUUGGGCUGCGGGGUUGAUCGCCGGUCCCCAAUUUUUCCUCACUAGUCAGGCUCCAAACUACCAGAUGGCGUUUGAAAUGCUCAUGGUGUGCUAUGCGCUCAUGAUUAUCGUUCCACUGCUUCAGCUCUUCUUUUACAUCCGUGAGAACCGCAAGCGCAACCGUCGUGGCGGAGACGUCGUGGACGAGGGCGAGCUCGAGUUCACCGACAAGACGGACCGCGAGCAGUGGCGCACGUUCCGGUAUGUCAUGUAA